GCCGAACAUAUCCGUCCCACUAAUUAGAUUUUUCAACGGCCCCUGGGCGGCCCGAAUGCUCCAUCUCCCAUAAGACGACGUCCUCUCCACCCGCAUUUGUUCGCUCCGACGUCGCUCAUUCGCUCAGCUUGGACCAACAUCGAGGACAUCAUCAAUAUGGCUGCAAUGACAGAGCGCCAAGAGGAAGGCGUCGCCAAGGACGCAAAUACCUUCCAAAGCGACCUAGAAGAUGAGUCUACAAAAGAUGACCGGGUGCUGGAAAACCUAGGCUAUAAGCCGGUGCUGCACCGGACAUUCAACACGUUUCAUAACUUUGCGACAACCUUCGCUGCUCUCUACUUCAUUGGUGGAGUUCGAGUGACAUUCUCUACUGGCAUUGCUGCUGGAGGUAACCUGGCCUACUGGACAAGUUUCAUCGUGACUUGCGUGUUCACUUUUAUCACCGCCGCGGUCAUUGCAGAAAUCUGCUCUUCUCUUCCACUCGCGGGAUCUAUUUACCUGUGGGCUGCUGAAGCUGGCGGACCCCGAUUUGGCAGGUUCUUCGGCUUCAUCGUUGCAUGGUGGAGUACCACGGCAUGGACGACUUUCUGUGCAAGCAACACACAAGCCGCUGUUAACUACAUGCUUUCGGAGAUUGUUGUAUUCAACCUCGACUUCCCUUCCGAUUCCUCAAGCGUCAAAUUCCGGGCUGUCCAAUGGAUCACUACAGAGAUCAUGUUGGCCUUGGCUGCCAUUUGGAAUCUGUUGCCUCCCCGCUACUUCAAAUGGAUUUUCUACCUGUCAACCGGGUUUGUCUUGUUGGAUUUUGUUCUGAACAUGAUCUGGCUGCCAGUCGCAACAAGCAAGAGUGAGUAUGGCUUCCGAUCUGCUCAUGAUGCUUUCAUGACCACCUACAAUGGGACCGGCGCUCCGGCAGGUUGGAACUGGUGUCUCUCGUAUCUUGCUACUGCCGGUAUCCUCAUCGGAUUCGACGCGUCGGGUCACGUUGCGGAGGAGACCAAGAACGCAAAUGUCGCUGCCGCUCGCGGUAUCUUUUGGAGUACUGUUGUCAGUGGGAUUGGUGGCUUCAUUGUCGUAAUCCUAUUCCUAUUCUGCGUUCCUGAUGCGGACACUCUUUUCUCAUUCGGCGGCGCUCAGCCUUUUGUGCCAUUGUACGCAGCCAUUCUCGGAGAGGGAGGGCACAUUUUCAUGAACAUUGUUUGCAUUGUGGCUUUGUGGUUUAACACUGCGAUUGCGAUUUUGGCUGCAUCGCGCCUGGUCUUCGCCGUAGCACGCGACGGAGUUCUCCCCUGGUCCCCGUGGGUUGCCAAAGUCGUCGAUGGCCAACCCAGAAACGCCGUCUUAGUAGUCUGGGGCGUGGCCUCUGUCAUCACCUGCACGAUUCUUCCGUCUUCAGUCGCCUUCACCUCCCUCGUCUCGGCAGCGGGUGUGCCUUCGGCCGCUGCUUAUGGUCUGAUCUGUCUUUGCCGAUUGUUCCUGACCCCAAAGCAAUUUCCGAAACCCGCGUGGAGCCUUGGACGCCUCAGUAAGCCUUUUCAAGCGAUCGCCGUCUUGUGGAACGGCUGGGUCGUUGCUGUGCUGUUCUCACCUUAUGCCUUCCCGGUUGAGGCAUCGACGCUCAAUUAUGCCCCCGUUAUCAUGGGCAUUGUCACAAUCUUCGCCAUACUUUCUUGGUGGUUCAUCCCUGCAGAAAGAUGGCUGCCAUCUCAAAGAAUCCAGGAGACGUUGCUUGCGGGAGAACGACCGAUUGAAGAGUAGGCGGAAUUCGGUACCCGAGAGAAAAUCGGCAAGCACUUCCUUCCCGGAUAAUAAUCAUUCAAUAGAAACCUCUAAUUAGCUAGAUAUGCAUUAUAAUCAAAGAAAAUAUGGACGGUGUGGUCGUCGAUAAAUACAUUUUUGCUCUACUCGCUA